AUGCGUGGCACACUGUCCUUGCCGGCUCAUCGUGAUCCGGAAGUUCUGGAGCGACUACAGCCGGUUCAUCUGAACAACAUGUGCCGGCGUGUCCAGGCGCACUAUAGUGUGAUGGCCAAUCGCGUAGCGAUCGAUCAGGCUCAACUUACAGCCCAAGUUAAGGAGAUUGAUGGAGAAAUCUCCAAAAUGCACAGUGCCAUGUGUGAGAGGCAGAAAAUGUAUGCCUCGUAUGCAGAGCAAUUUUCCAAGCUGCACAGCAUUUCGCAACAGCUAAGCAGAUGCAACGUGAUUCUCAAUGAAACCAUUGCCAAUGCGGAGGCGCUCAACAACUUCUUGGCAAUUGAUGAUAGAUUAGAGCCAUUUGUGUGGACAACACACUAA